AUGUCCGACCAACAAACUCUCAAACCACAAUUCUUUGUGACCCGCCGGAACGGGGCCAUGGUUCCUCUCAUUGCGAUGGAUGAGCUUCCAAUCCAGGUCGAGAUUCGACACGUUCCACGCAACCUCACUGUGUUCGACAUUGCGGGAAUGACAAGUGUUGGUGUCUGUGAAGCCAGACACCAAUAUUACAUCAUUGAAGGAGGGACCAACACCAAGCCAUGGUACCUUGACAGCCUCCAUGCUCCAGAAAAUGGAACAGCUCAUUUCGAACCUUGGGGCGCCAAAUCAGUUGAGCAGCAAGCCCCUACUCCCGUCUCAAGUCCGAACUCAACCUCUGCGUCUUUUUCCCUGCGUCCAAAGGCAUUUGGAAUUGAAGAACCACCAUCAAAUGGCACCGCCCUUGCCUCCUGCAUCUUGUCCAACGCCUCAAUCAAUGGCGAGAGCAAAGUUUCCGAGACCACAGACACUGCCACGGCCUCCGCAAUCAACGGUGCACGCCUCACCCCUAAACGAAUGCCAACAUGGAGAAGAAAUGACAAUGUCCCAGGCACCAAAGAAUACUGCUCUUACUGGAUCCGCCAUGGUGAGUGCGACUACGCCCAGCAAGGCUGCAUGUAUAAGCAUGAGAUACCUUUGGACCUGGAGACGCUCAACCGUAUUGGCCACCGGGAUAUUCCACGCUGGUACCGCGAGAAACACGGCCUAGGCAGCCUUCUCGUUGCUGGUGGGCAAAACGGACCAAGCUAUGGCGUCGCCGAUCGCAAGGCUCUACCAAGAAAUCGGCACAUGGCUGAGGAUGCAAGGCGCAUGAUUCAUCGUCAGGUCGGUCCUUCACCUGGUGGCCGUGGUGGCAGCAUGAAUACAAACGAGAAUCGCAAUGUGGCCAAGGAGAAUGUUCACGAGACCAAGAAAGAAACCGAACGUCAGGAAGGACUUAGCGCACUACCGAUAGAAGAAGAAGAAGAAGAAGAAGAAGAGCAGCGUAAGGCUCUACAAGAAAACGACACCUUCAACAACGGUGAGGAACCAGAUGAUUUGAUGGCGAGGAUCGGAGAAAAGGGACAACAUGGGUGGGAGGAAGAAAAGGCAAAUGCAACCGGUGUCAAUCCCAAAGUCAACAACCAGGCCAACAAGCAAGCUGAUUCUGGCAAGCCAAAGAUUGGUGGAAAGCGCAAUGGAGGGGGAGGACCACGAAAGAAUUACAUGACUUGA